GGCCCGCAAGAGAAAUGUCCAUUCCUCGGCUGCCAUGGCCGCCUUGACUCCUCUCACAUAUCCUGCUUCGUCUCCAGGCAUAUCGCGUUCUCCACUGACUUCCUCAAAACCCUACCACAACUCGACUCAGCCAGACCCAUCACCUCUUGGUAUCCCCGUCGCAGAUGCUCCUCAAGACGCUUCCGAAAAUGCCUCUCCUCGACCUUCUUCUCCGAGAGAACGUCCCCAAAUCAUGCCUCCGAUCGGCCAAGCAAAAGGGUACAGAGUGGUUUAUGAUCCUUUAGUAUUGGACGAAAAGGACAAGGAAAAAUACGACAAGCUCAACGAGAAAGAGAAGAAGGGCUUAAAAGUCAAGAUCGCGUCUUUCGGGACCGAGUCACACCAAGAAUCUCCGCCUCCAGACCCCAGGCUAGCCAUUGUAGGCUACACGUCAGGCAAGGCUGUACCAGUCAAGGUUCAUUCGAAAUGGAGACUUCGCAUCGCACAACACGCCUUGAAACCAUAUGCGUACGAUAAGGCUUCGACGAUCGGACCCGCCCCGCCGAAACAAAUUGUCGUACACAGUUUUGAUCCUUUCACGCCCGAAUCCCAACUCAAAUCCUUCUUCGCGAGCUUUGGAGACAUUGCCGAGUUUCGCAAUCAGACAGAUCCGAAUACUGGAAGUCUUCUGGGAAUUUGCCUGAUCAAGUACAAAGACAGCAAACCGGUCAAAGGCGUGUCGGUGUCUGCCGCCAAUGCUGCAAAGCGUGCCGAGAAGGAAGCGCAUAAUGGACGCAUCGGCUUGACACAGGUCAAAGUCGAGCGCGAUCGCGAAGGACGCAGAUGCCGAAGAUAUAUCGAGUUCAAGCUCAAGAAGGAAGCCGCCCGACACGCUCUUCCUACUCCUUCGAUAGCCGCCGAGUCAGCCGCUUCUUCGACACCAGUGCCACCACCUCCUCCGCCACCGCCAGGUGCUCGCGAAGAGGCGAAGCCUGUCCCAGCGAACACGCCGAAAGCUCCCAAGGGGCCAGCAUCGAAACGAGAACAAGGAAAACGAGAACGAGCGGCCGAGUCGGAACAGCCCUCGACUGCAAAGGAACGCGACACUGGACGAUCAAUCGUUGAAUCAGAGGCGAUAUUGGCCAAGAUCAAACGAAAGCCGUACAUAUUCAUUUCGCGUGAUAGCGUGCCUGUGCUUGGCUCCACUGUUCCUCAUCUUAAGAAGAGAUUUAAGGCAUAUGACUGGCGAGAGAUUCGCGUCGACAAGACAGGUUACUUUGUCAUUUUCGACGACUCUAAGCGCGGCGAAGACGAGACGGUCAGGUGUUUCAAGGAGUGCAACAACGGUCCAAUGUUUACUUACAAGAUGGCUAUGGAAUGCCAGCAGUACGGAAACCCCGAUUAUGUCCGCAGUCCAAGCCCCGAGACUCAGGCUGUCCAAACUCGAAAGAAGGAGGAGAUGGAUCGGCUGGAACGAUGGGCCGCAGAGGAUCUGGAAGAAGAAAAGAAAGAAAGAGCUGUUGAUUUGGAUCCUGUCAAGGGCGCACUUGAACUUCUUCAAGUCGAGUUGCGCAACAAGAUCAUGGACGACAUCAAGAGUCGCAUCGUCACUCCAACAAUCCACGAUUGCCUAGAACCCGCUAGACAUGUCGCGAAACGCCAGAAGCUGGAUCUUCCAGACCCUGCUGAAAAUGAGAACAAGGUGCCGAAUUUGUUGUUGAACAAAGCCAGCGACACACCCACCACAACAUCCCGAGCCCGAAACGGCCGUCCUUUAUCUCACAGCAAGCCUCUGCGCCCGCACGACCCUAACCGUGGACGUCAAGUUACCACGACUGUGUAUAUGGAUGAGCGCCGGAAGCGCCGACCAGCUGCCCGUCCUGCUCACGCCCGUCCAUUGCAUUAUCGUCUACAAAAUAUGUACAGAGGAGACGACGAAGACGAGGAAGAUUCUGACGACGAUCGCAAGACCACGAUGACUCGAGACACGGAAGACCAAGAGAGCAGACCCCUCAGUCGGGCCAGCCGUAACUCAACACCCGUCAGCGUAUCUGAUUCUAUCGACGUACCGACGCCUCCCCAUAAAAAGAGAAAGCUGGUGCACAAAGAGAGGGAAAUAACACCCGAAGAGCAAGAGACCUUCGCGCCGCAUCACAAAGAGCUCCUUGGCGACCUUAUCCAGAAAAUCCCUGAACGCAUGGCAACAAGAGAGCUGGAAUUGGUUGUUAGUACGCUUCCUAGGGACUCAAAGUUCCAGGAACGUGCACGAAUCGAGCUCCACACCAGACAGCGAGCCAAGUACGAUGGCGAGGAGACACCAGCUCCAACAACAGAAACCACAAGAGCGAAGCCGCAUGCGUCCACAACCGACACAAACAUGGAUCAAUCAGAAAACCUCGCUGUCAAGCCUGUCAGAAAGGAACCUAGGAGGAAGCGACCGAAAUCGAAGAAACAGAUCUUCGAGGAACGCGAAGCCGAACGAGCUGCUAUGGCUGCUGCCGACGACUCUCAAGCCAUGGAAGAUGAGAGUCAAGCAGAAGACAGAGACAUCGAGCUUGGAGAUGCUGAACCAGUCAUCGAGGAGGAGGAAGAGGAGGGCGAAGCAAGGCCCCAAGUCGAGUGGGGCGUGUCUACUGACCAGCGACGCAAGACUGUGGAAGACGACGACGAUGUUUUCUUGGAUAUCGACGGUUGGAAGCACAUGAUCAAAGACGAGGAAGAUAUGCGAUUCCUACAACAAGCCUUGGAAGACGUCUCUGCCGCAGAUAUCGGAGACAUCACCCUCUGGGCUCGCAAACAAAAGGAGAUCAAGGCGCUCAACGUCGUCGAGGGUCUUGGAUCAGUCUCCGCCGCGGCCAGAAUUCUUGGAUACUACGUGCCCAACCCUACCGGCUGCGCACGUACUGAAGGAGUCAAGAAGAUCUUCGAAUCCGAAAAGUCCAAGUACUUACCCCACCGCAUUCGUGUUCAGAAGCAACGCGAAGCACGUGAGGCGCAGGCUCAGGAGGAUCCGACUGCAGCUGUGGAAGCCGCAAAGGCCGCCGCAGCUGCCAAACUCGCUUCUACCGCCUCGUCCCGCAGCAAUCGUGCAAACAACCGACGCUUGGUGAAUGAUAUCAACUUGCAAAAGCAGAACCUCGGUACUACUGGUGCCGAGACGGACGCCAUCAAGUUCAACGCGCUUAAGAAACGCAAGAAGCACGUCAAGUUCGACAGAUCCGCCAUCCACGGUUGGGGCUUAUAUGCCAUGGAGAACAUCGCUUUCAACGACCUUAUCAUCGAGUACGUUGGCGAAAAGGUACGUCAAAAAGUCGCCGACCUUCGCGAAAUCAAGUACGACAAGCAAGGCAUUGGAAGCAGUUAUCUGUUCCGCAUGGUGGACGAUGAGAUUGUCGACGCCACAAAGAAGGGCGGCAUUGCCCGUUUUAUCAACCACAGUUGCACACCCAACUGCACCGCAAAGAUCAUCAAGGUCGAUGGCACACGAAGAAUUGUCAUCUAUGCUCUCAAGGACAUUGCCAAAAACGAAGAGCUCACCUAUGACUACAAGUUCGAGCGUGAAUAUGGCAGCGAUGAUCGUAUCCCAUGUCUUUGCGGUUCCGUGGGAUGUAAGGGAUUCCUAAACUAAGGAUGCCUCUGGGAAAUGGUGUGUUGUAUAUUAGGUACUCGAGGAAAAACAUGCAUCAAUUGGCGCAAAGGGAGGGACACAAAAUGGAGGCCAGGUUUGCAUGGAAUGUGGUUUUCUCAGCGUUUCAAUUGUACGAUAUUCAUCGAAAAGUCCCCUCUGGACUUGUUCUGGCCGGUUGCCAAUUCGAACCGGGCCAGGGACAGGACUACAUACAUGCAUGAAAUUAAUAAGCAAAGUUGCAACAA